CCUAUUUCCCCCACCCCCAUCUUCCCCUCCCAGCCUUUGUCACCCGAGUUGCGGUUUGGGUGCUGGAAGCAGAGAACCUCCAGGACACUGGGUAUAACCAAACGGGAUCUCGGAAAUCAUUCAGGGACCGGACGGCUCCGGGCGGAGAUCCUGCCCUUCCUCAACUCCGUCACUCCAGGCCUCUCGGGAACACGCUCCUUCGGCCCUGGGCCCCAUGGCCGAUAAGAAACUGGUGGUGGUUUUUGGAGCCACAGGUGCCCAAGGUGGCUCAGUGGCACGCACAUUGCUGGAAGACGGGACAUUCAGGGUUCGGGUGGUAACAAGGAACCCCGAGCAGAGAGCCGCCCAGGAGCUGAAGCUGCGAGGAGCGGAAGUGGUGCGAGGAGACCAGGAUGACGAGGCUAGCAUGGAGCUCGCACUGAUGGGAGCUCAUGCCAGCUUCAUCGUGACCAACUACUGGGAGACGUGCAGCCAGGACCGAGAAGUCAAGCAGGGCAAGCUUCUAGCGGACCUGGCCAAACGCUUGGGCCUCCAUUAUGUCGUGUACAGUGGCCUGGAGAACAUUAGGAAGCUGACGGCGGGAAGGCUGACAGCAGGCCACUUUGAUGGCAAAGGGGAGGUGGAGGAGUACUUCCGAGACAUCGGUGUUCCCAUGACCAGCGUGCGCCUGCCUUGCUAUUUUGAGAACCUUCUUUCCUUUUUCCUGCCCCAGAAAGCUGCAGAUGGACAGAGCUACUUGCUGCACUUGCCCAUGGGUGACGUCCCUAUGGAUGGGAUGGCGGCGAGUGACCUGGGCCCCGUGGUGCUCAGCUUGCUGAAGAAGCCAGAGGAGUAUGUAGGGCAGAACCUCGGGCUCAGCACCUGCAGGCACACGGCAGCGGAGUACGCGGCACUUCUCACCCGACACACUGGCAAGGCUGUACAGCAUGCAAAGACAACUCCUGAGGAAUAUGAGAAGCUUGGCUUCCCGGGAGCCCGAGACUUGGCCAACAUGUUCCGUUUCUAUGCGCUGAAACCCGACCGGAACAUUGACCUAACCCUGCAACUCAACCCCAAGGCCCAGACUUUGGACCAGUGGCUGGAGCAGCACAAAGGGGACUUUGCACAGCUGUGAUCUUGAAGCUCUCUUCUGGGGAAUGAGGUACAACCAUCCUUUGUGUAUAGUUUUGUGGUUUGGGGGUUUUCCCUUCAAAUAAAACCACUGUUCUCACA